AUGGGCUCUGCGGGCUGCCGCCGCCGGACAUUGCCCAAACCAUCCUUCAUCCCCUCGCGCACAACUCGAGUCAAGCCCGUGGUAUCAUAUGCCGAGUCAUCUUCCGAGGACGAACUCGCACUUGAGGUCGAUGACGACGACGAUGAUUAUGACUCCGAGUCAAAGGAAGAGCAAAGCCCGAACCCGAGACGUCGUCCCAGCCUGCGUUCUCGAAUCCCUCCUCGAGUCGAACAACCUCCGCGAAGCCAGCAGAAACGCUCCCGUCCCUCCUCCUCCUCCUCCUCAUCCCACUCCCAAAGCGGUUUCAAGGAUUCAUCAUCAAGUAGUAGACCGAAGAGGCGCAAGCAGUCGAAGCAAAUAUCCCCCACGACAAUAUCAUCGAUCAAUCUGAUAGAUGGCUCGGGGGUCAUCCCGCCGUGGCAAAACCUCCCCUACCACGUUCUGGUGUCGAUUUUUCAAUAUGCCACAUACCCUCUCUACGAAGAACACACCUUCCAACCCCUCCCAUCUGGACAAUGGCUUCUCAAUGUUGCUAGACUUUGCCGCAACUUUGCAGAGCCAGCCUUCACCGUCCUAUACUAUUCUCCCCCUCUGGUUCCCAUGGUACAGGCACACAGAUUGGUGGACUUGUUGAUGGCAGACCCUAUACCUAUGACAUUCAAAUACCGGCAGAAGGUUCAAUUGCUGCGGAUUGAUGUUGGUCAAGUCGUAGCAUACUCUUUGCCAGGCUGUGGUCACUUGGAUCUGUAUGGCUUGAUCAAGGACCUGCCUCGAUUGACCGACCUGGAAUUCUACCACCAGAAGGACAUGUCACCGUACCGCGCCCUUGAUGACAAUAUCAAGUGGACAUAUCCAGACUCGGUCUUCGAGGCACUCGAGUAUACCGAUCCUACCGCUGAUCCUAUGCGAGGAGAUAAGACGAGUUUUGUAAAGCUUAGGAGUUGGCGGUGGUCGUCGAGAAUGGGUGGCAAGAAAUAUUCUAUCGAGCAAAUACCUCAUAUCCACUUGAAGCCUACUUUCUCCUCCCUUCAAAAAGUUGCUUUCGUCAAUUACCAACUCCCAAGUUUGAAAGGGGAGGAGGAAGACCCCAAGCACGAAGCCGUCCUUGCCCAGGCCCUCAGUAACCUGGCCUCCCUGAAACACCUAGUAUUCGAGUCAUCGACUCUGAUGAAUGCGAAGCUCUUGCCCAUGCUACCUACCGGCCUUCGCAACCUCGAGCUAAUUAAUUGCUGGGAAAUUGUGGCAGAGGAUUUCGCCGCUUUCCUUCUCACCCAUGGAAGACAGCUCCGAGUCCUGACACUCAAUCACAACCAGUCUUUGAGUAUAUCAUUCCUGCCAAUCCUUGGGCCGGCAUGCCCAAAUUUGCAAGUGUUCCGUAUGAACCUGACAUAUUUCAACAUGCAUGCCACCUAUCGAGAUUCCGAACCACAGUACGAUAAUCUUUUGGAGCCGGAUCAGAUUCCCACAUGGCCAUCCACUCUCCAAACAAUCGAGCUCACGCAGCUACGCAAAUGGGAGAUCGUGGCAGCCGAGGCCUUCUUCCAAAGUCUGCUUGACAGUGCCAGCCAGCUGCCCGAUCUGCGUUUCCUGACCAUCCAAGCCAUCUUGAACAUCGGCUGGAGAGACCGAGCCUCAUUUCGCGACAAAUGGGUCGGAGCACUUCAGAGGGUAUUCAAGUACUUUCUGAAACCCCCGAAGCCGAUCUCAAGCUUGAGAAAGGCAAGUCCAAAUCCCUUGGUGGUUCCGGCGGAGGAGGCUGAAGUAGUAGCUGAAAGCAAGCGCUCUUCUCUUCAACUCAGACCAUGUAUCCCCGAUGAUCCCAAGAUUGAUUCUGAAGUUUCUUUUGCAACAUCAAUCUCGCUUCGUAGAAGUUCGCGAAAGGGUCAAGGAGAGAAAGAUCUCAAGGAUGAGGAGCCAUCGCCACCAGCUCGCCGCUCAACUCGCAGAGCGGCACAGAACCUUCCGUUCGGAAUAUAUGCAGAGUCCUCCGGCUCAAAGCCCAAGAUGAUUGGAGAUAAUCCUACGAACCGCCUCUCUCACCUUGAGCGCGAGCUCGGCAUCCUCAAAGAUACAGCUGGCAAAGACACACUCAUCACGUCCGCCUCCGACACUCUUUCAGAAGGCUCCGAUAGCGAGAAGGCCAGUAAAAGAGGAGAAGGCAAGAAGAAAGAGGUUGUCCAAGGCUUGUGCGAGAUUGUUAAUGUGCGUAUUGAUAACCUGAGGCCGACAGAGACGCAGGUCACGGAGGCGGACUUCCUGGAUGAGGAGAGGAGUGGAGACGAUGAUUGGAAUGGGGAUGAUGAUGUUGUGGAUGAUUAUGCGUGGUGA